UGUAAAAGAUUUUCAAAAGCUAAAGAAAGGUGCUGGUGCGGAGAAAUCCAGAUCCACGCUUCCCCUCACCCUUGGGUUAUACAUUGCAUCAAUAAAGAUAGAUAGAUUGUAAUCCCAUCCAGUCCCCCAACAGCACAUUGAAGAUUUACAGCGUAAUUCAUCCAGGAAAAAGAGAUGGAGCCAGGGCGGACUGGAACGUGCGGUCUCCCUCCGUCUCUGAGUCAGUGUAUUCUUGAACUGUAUAUGUAAAUUAGAUGGAAUUCAAAACUUUGGCCUCCUUCAGAUUCUUGGGAGAUGGCAACACAAGGAGAGAAUCACCCUUACGUUCCAAGAGAUCUGAAAUUGCCUGGUUAUGUGCCUGUAUUCCUUUCCCAAUCAACUAUUCUUAGCGUUUAUGGCAUUGCUUCAUUGCUGGUCAUCUCCUUCAUGUGGAUUUUAUCUGGGCGGUUUCGUAAGAUAUCAAAAGUUGACAGACUACUAAUGUGCUGGUGGAUAUUCACUGGCCUGACUCACAUUAUUCUUGAGGGGUAUUUCGUCUUUUCUCCGGAAUUUUAUAAGAAGAAGACUCCUCAUUACCUUGCAGAAGUUUGGAAAGAAUACAGCAAAGGCGAUUCAAGAUAUGCAGGACGAGAUUCUGGUGUAGUUGCUGUUGAAGGAAUUACAGCUGUUCUGGAAGGUCCAGCUUGUCUCCUUGCAGUGUAUGCUAUAGCAACAAAGAAGUCGUACAACCACAUACUUCAAGUGGCCAUCUCUCUCGGGCAGCUCUACGGAACUGCUGUGUAUUUCCUUACAUCUCUCUUGGAUGGAGAUGACUUCGCGGCAAGUACAUAUUAUUAUUAUGCAUACUACGUCUUUGCUAACGGAUGGUGGGUUCUAAUACCGACCAUCAUUGUUAUCCAUUGCUGGAAGAAAAUAUGUGCAGCGUGCCAGGUCCUAGAACAGAAAAAGGCCAAAACCCGUUGAGUUCGAACAAACCAUUUAUUCCUCCAUUGAUGUCAACCUCUUUUAUUUAGCGAUACCUGGACCCAGUGAUACCAGUAUUGGUAUGUCCAGGUGCAGUUUUCAUGUUGAUCAAAUUGCAAACUUCUCAUGUGUUUUGUCCAAUUUAAAACUGCCUGCACUUGCUAACUAUUUCUUGUUUUUGCUUUUUCUUGUACCCCUUUCCACAAUGUUCAACAAAUUUAUCUUUUACAUGGUAGGCAUGUGAAAUCAUAAUCCAGGUAUAUUUUAAUUUUCCA